AUGGGUUCAUCGAAAGUUAGUCAAAAACAUAACCAUAGUUCUACAUACAAUUCUCCGAAGGUACAUACGCCGCGCAGGACAUAUCAUGUUCCCUCGGACCCGCCCUUUGUUUACCAUGACAAUGAAUGUACGGACUCGCGAACAGUUUCUACGAGAGCUUCUCUACCGAGUAUGCAGUCCGAUAUGUAUACGCAAGAAAGUUCAAACUUUAGUUCGAUGAGACCUGCAUCUGCACAUUCAUCAAGAAGAUCAGUCUCUGGCAUGAAACGACUUUUACCACUCAAACUUUCCUCGCCUCAAAUACCAGAUUCCGAUUCCUGGUCAAGAUCAACAUCAACAUCAAGCAAGAGGACAACUUUUGGUCAAUCAGGACGUUUGGGAGAUCUAUCAAAUUCUGGAAGUAUAAAGGAGAGUAGGGUGGCAUUUGUACCAAGAUUAGCUAUACGACCAGAAAGAUAUCGCGAUACUCCCAUUAUUUCGAAACCUGGAUCACCUUUAAUUGGAAGUCUCCUCUAUCAGGAUGGCAGCUGUAUUAAAUGCUCCGAUGAAGUUACUUGUACUACAUCUUGUAUCAUAAAUGAGUAUGAUGGAUUCAGUGAUUCUAGUUCAAGCAAAGAAUGCAGUUCGGAUUACUCGAAUCGUCAUACACAAAGCGCAGCCUCAACACCCAUCUCAUCAAGAAGACGCUAUGGAGCGGGUUCCGAUUUCUCCUUCAAGUGUUUGGGUGAACCAAUCCACAAAUUAGGGUCUUCAUGGUUCGGAAGUCACGUCAAGGAGCGAGUGAUUCCUAGACUUUCGACUAUGAAUAUUGAAGAGUGGCUCAGUGACAGUGCAAGCAGCAUGUGUGAAAGCUCUGAUGAUGAGGACUCUGAUGACUUUUUUGCUUGUGCAACAGCUCUUGCACCGGCUAGAGCGCACGUUGUUCAAGUGAAUAAUAAACAGUCUCCGAGACUGUCUAUUACGAUUCCAGGACGAUCAUCAUCAGCUACAAGGUCGAAGCAUUCCGACUUCUCUGCUUUGCGAAAAUUAACAUCACGUUCCCCUAUUAAGACAUCUUUGAUAGGUGAUCUCGCCAUGUCGAGCCCUCCCGCUUCACCCGAAGAACCAGCAUCAAACAAGUUUCCUAACAAUAAUCAACAAAAAGCUGCCGGUUCGCCAGUAGACCCUUCACCAACACCUGCAUCCCCCGAUACGAUCCUCGACAUCGUAGCCGCAAUCGAUGAAUGCACGUCAAACUUUCCUACGAAAAUGUUAUUAGCUGAUACUCCAUGUAUAUCAUCCAUUCGUUCGCAUCUUAAAGCUACAUCAACCACCAGUGCUUCCAAAUCAUCUUCUCAUCAUUUGAUACCUCCACCUCCUCCGCCACCUACUACAAACUUUAAUCAAACCCGCCCCAAAGGACUCAAUCGCCGCAACCGCCCUCAAAAGAUAUGUCUUUCCCCAACCACGAAGACCAGAUCCUUAACCUCGCAAAUUCCAACCACCCCACCCUCAACUCCACCAUUCAGUCCCGAUUUCUCUCUCUCCUCAUUUCCCUCUUCCACCAACCCACCCACCACUUUCAAACCAUCCAACCAACCCUCCAUCCUCCCAACUUUUGCCUACCAGCUUGCAGCCGCAAAUCUCCAACCCCUCCAUACCAUCUUCCCCAUCUCUUCCGAUUUCCUCCGCUCUGCCCUCUACGCUCACAUUCUCGCCUACAUAUUCCUCCAAUCUCUCCCCUCUACUCACGGCAAUCCCCAUGCCGCCCAUCUGCCCUCCCACGCCCACAUCAAUCACCACGCAGCAUCCCAUUCCCUCCGAAAACAACGCUCGGUCCCCCAAUCCUUCUCCUCGUACCACAGCACAAGCAUAGUCGGCAUCCCCGCCAAAGCAGCCUCAACCCUCGGUCUCUCCUCCUCAACUUCCACCCGUCGAUAUCCUGGCGCGCCAACCCAAAAUAAAAGGAUCGAAUUGAAUCUUAGGAGCUGUAUUGGAAAGUUGUUGAAGGGGAUGGAGGGGAGGGUUGAUGCGCAGGUUGGGAAGGCAGAGGUUGAGGGGUGGGUGUUGAGAAGUUUGAUCGAGGUUGUUAGGGGGUGUGAGGGCUUUUAG